CACUCGGGUUGCUCAGUCUCUCGAACAAGCUCACUUCUCUCUAACCUUGUCUCAAUUAUUUUGUGCAUCGUAUUUUUUAAUUCGUAAAAACAUGAAGAACAUAAUUCUUCUUGUAUUUGCAAGUACAAUUUCCAAUCUAAUUUUCAACGCGGAAUGUGUUCCGUUGAAUGAGAAUAAUGAAGACCCACCACAGCAACAAGUUGAUCCCUUCGCUAAUAUGACCAUCGGCGUCGUUGGGGGCAAACCGGCCGAAUCACUGGACAAGUAUCCCCACCAAAUUGCUCUCCUCCAUAAAGACAAAUUCUUUUGUGGUGGAUCCAUCUACUCGGAAACUUGCAUUUUGACGGCAGCCCACUGCACCGAGUACGAUGAUGGUAGUUUAAUUCCUGCCGAUGUAAUGUCCGUGCGGGCAGGGUCAUUAAAGCACAAUUCAGGCGGACAAGUGUACAAAGUUGGGAAAGUAAUUCGAAAUCCGGGCUACAACAGGGAAGCGUCUUUUGACGGUGAUAUUGCCAUUUUACAACUCACUUCCACAAUUUGGUUCGGGUUCGGUAAAACCUCGGCCAGUCUUAGUUACAAGGAGCCGGAAGCCGGGACAACCCACGUAGUCACUGGAUGGGGACGAACUUCUGAAACUGGGAAGGAUUCUGACGUUCUGCAAUAUGCCAAUGUUCCAAUCGUGUCAAGGUCCGAGUGUCAAAAGGCGUAUCCUGACGAGAAGAUUACGGACAACAUGAUCUGCGGGGGUUAUCCGGAGGGAGGCAAGGAUUCAUGCAAAGGUGACUCCGGGGGACCGUUAACGCGACAAUGGAGCAAUAUACAGGCUGGGAUUACUAGUUGGGGGUAUGGCUGUGCUAGGCCAGGUCAACCUGGCGUGUACACCAACACGGCGAAAUAUGUUGACUGGGUCAAGAGUUACUGCUCAAAAUAAAUUCCUGGUAGCCAAUUGAAAUGUAGGUAUUUGCUAAAUUGAGAUUUUUUUUUGUUCGUUAUGUAAAUAUUAUCAAAAAUUGACUAACUUUUUACUAAAUUUGCGAUUGAGUUUACUUAUUUAAUAAGCCUAAAAUGAUCUAUUUAUAAUAUUUCCAUUUUAAACUAAUCUAAAUGAAUGUAUUGGUGUAUUACAUACAUAAUUAUACGUACAGAUAUUACCGAGUAAGUAUAUAGCGUGUGUAUGUACUGAUUUGGUUCACAGAAAUUUAAUUUAUAAAGUGUUUUUAUACCAUGA